CACAACCACAUGCAGAAGACUUAAGAGCCCAGGAUAAUCAAAAGCUCAGUUAUGAUGGAGACGCACAAAGGAUUCAGAGUCAAGAUAGGCAAAUGAAACGCGAUGCUGUUCCGGUUUUCUGACAGCCAAUUAGCAGCCUAAGAAACUUGACCAGAGAGGGAGAGGCUCACCUAUAAAGACAAGAAACUUGACCAGAGAGGGAGAGGCUCAUCUAUAAAGAUCGGUUCACUCGAACAAGGCAGGAAAGAGCAGGCGAAGAAUGGCUUCACUAAUCGGUGAUCUCAUUUUCUGGCUCUCCAUUGUGUUGUCGUCCACGUAUCUCCUCAAUCUCAUUACCCGUAAAACCCGCAACCUCCCGCCGGGGCCGGUGGGUUUGCCGGUCGUCGGUUCUCUGUUGCAACUUAGCGGCAUGCCACACGAGGCGUUCGCUAGGCUUUCCAAGCAGUACGGCCCACUAAUGACCGUGUGGCUGGGGUCCAGAGCCACCGUGGUGGUCUCCUCCGCCGAGAUGGCCGAGGAGGUGCUGCACCGGCAGAACCAGGUGUUCUCCGGCCGAAUCGUCGCGGACGUGGCCACCGCCUUGGAGUACGACCUGCACUCGUUUGGGUUCAGUCAGGUCGGGCCAAGAUGGCAAGCAUUGAGAAGGAUAAGCAACAGUGAGCUGUUCACGCCGAGACGACUGGAUGCACUGAAAGAACUCCGGGAGGAGAAGGUCCGAGUCCUCCUCCAGCACGUCGGCGAGGCGUGCGCCGAUGGGCGCGCAAUUGAUAUCUCCGAGUACGCCUUCGGCACCACCCUGAACUUGGUGUCAUCCACCCUCUUCUCACAAGACCUGGUAGAUCUCGACUCGGAGUCGGCCGGAGAGUUCAAGAGCUUCAUGUGCGAGAUGUUAGAAAUAAACUCGCGGCCGAACCUCUGUGACUAUUUUCCGGUACUCAGGUGGAUCGAUCCUCAGGGCCUCCGGCGACGCAACAGACGCAUUCUUACUCGAGUGUACGCGCUCUUCGACGAAUUGAUCGAUAAACACGUGAGGGCGUAUGAAGAUGCGGCUGCAAAAGGGGAACCCAAGAAGAACGAGGAUUUCGUGGACGUGCUCCUCCAGCUCACUAGGGAUCCAAACACAGGAUUCACAAAAGAGAACAUCAGACCCAUGUUACUAGACCUCUUCAUAGCCGGCAGCGAGACUAGCGCCACCACCCUAGAAUGGGCGAUGACUGAGCUGCUCCGCCAUCCAGACAAGAUGGCUGCAGCCCGGUCUGAGAUAAAACAGACCGUAGGCAAAGGCAACUUUGUGAAAGAGUCGGACAUCUUGCACCUCCCUUACUUGGAGGCAGUCAUGAAGGAGACGCUAAGGAUGCACUCACCUGCUCCUCUUCUAGUGCCCCGAAGGGCAGACUCGGCUACAAAGUUAGCUGGGUACACCAUCCCUCAACACACCCAGGUGCUUGUAAAUGCAUGGCUGAUCAGCAACGAUCCUACACUGUGGGAUGAGCCGACAUCUUUCUUGCCAGAGAGAUUCCUCAAAUCGGAUGUAAAUUUCAAAGGAAAGCAUUUCCAGUUCAUCCCGUUCGGUGCCGGAAAGCGGAUCUGCCCCGGCGUUCCGCUGGCUUCCCGCAUGGUUCUUCUGGUGUUGGCUUCUCUGAUCAACUCAUUUUCAUGGGUGCUUCCUAACAAAAUGGCUCCUCAGGAUCUUGAUAUGAAGGUCAAGUUCAGGCUCGUACAACAGAGGGCAAAUCCUCUCAAAGCGAUCCCUGUUCCGUUAACAGACAUGUAGAUGGCUCUAAGCAUCCAAAGUCCAAUACGAUAGGCUAUGGUAUAAGUUAACAAGAUGUGCUUCAACAUCGAAUAUACAUAUUUCCUAGAAGUUAAACCUUUUUAUGUUUCUUGUGUAUUCAACUUUGCUAUUUUCUUGCUCGUGCUCAAAAUUUAUGAGUAGUUUUGAUAACAA